AAUGAGUCUCUAUGUCUAUAUAUAAUGCAGACACACCAUAACACGUUACAUUACACACAGCACUCGCAUAGUCAUACUUAAUAGUACUCUCCAAAUCCAAACCUCUAACGACACCUCACUCUGCCAAACUUCACUGUAACUCAUUACACACCAAACCAACUAAGAUCAACACAACUUAUUAUUAUUGUUAUUAUUAAAUUAGCGUUGAAGCUCAAAUCUCUCAAAUGGAGUUGAGAAUCAAGUGAAGGAGGAAAUCAGCAAAAAAAAAAUGUUAACUUGCAUAGCAUGUUCCAAGCAACUCAACAAUGGAUCUCUUCACCAACCAGAAGAUGAAGAAGCUGUUCAUACACCAAGCACGAAGCAAGCCAUCAAGGCUCUCACUGCCCAGAUCAAGGACAUGGCAGUGAAGGCUUCUGGAGCAUAUAAGAAUUGCAAGCCUUGUUCCGGAUCUUCAAAUGGUAACAGGAAAGGGAAUUAUGCUGAUUCCGAUAUGGGUUCGGAUUCAGCGAGGUUUCACUGGGCCUACCGAAGAACGGGUAGCUCCAAUUCAACCCCAAGGAUGUGGGGGAAGGAAAUGGAAGCCAGGUUGAAAGGGCUUUCGAGUGGGGAAGGGACGCCGGCAUCGGUUAGUGGACGGACUGAGUCAGUGGUGUUCAUGGAGGAGGAUGAGCCUAAAGAAUGGGUUGCACAAGUGGAGCCCGGUGUGCUCAUUACUUUUGUUUCAUUGCCUCAGGGUGGGAACGAUCUGAAGCGGAUACGGUUCAGUCGUGAGAUGUUCAAUAAAUGGCAAGCUCAGAGGUGGUGGACGGAAAACUACGACAAGGUCAUGGAGUUAUACAAUGUUCAAAGGUUCAAUCAACAAGCUGUUCCUCUUCCAACCCCACCUAGAUCCGAAGAUGAGCAAAGUUCAAGGAUUGAAUCUGUGAGGGACAGCCCAGUCACUCCUCCUCUCAGCAAGGAGCCGCUGCCUAGUCAUUUUCACCACCCAAUUGGAAUGGGGUACUCUUCUUCUGAUUCUCUGGAUCACCACCAUACGCAACCUCGCCCUUGCUAUGAAACUAGCUGUCUAGCCUCAAUACCUAAACUUUCCGACAUUACUGCAAAUAAAACUGAAAGAUCAUCCCUGGAUGCUUCAGCAAGGACAAGUUCACUGGGAGAGGGAGACCACUCAGGUGAGCUCUCAAACAGCAAUGCCAGUGAUAUGGAAACUGAAUGGGUUGAACAAGAUGAACCGGGAGUAUACAUCACUAUCAGAGCACUGCCAGGCGGAGCCAGAGAACUUCGGCGAGUACGGUUCAGCCGAGAGAGGUUCGGAGAGAUGCAUGCUAGAUUAUGGUGGGAGGAGAACCGCGCCAGGAUACAAGAACAAUACUUAUGAUCAUGACUAUACAAGAAGAUCCCUUCACACAGAUAUCUGCUUCAGCAGGCUAACUGGGUGUUGCAACUUGAAAAGCUUCAUAGUGAUGUGCAUUCUAGUUUGAGUUCCCUUCUUUCCAGUGGAUAAUUUGGCAGUAACUACAACUUUCAGACUUUGGAGUUUCUCUGUGGCAGAUAUAGUGAAACCUUAGUUUAUAGUUAUAGCUAAAACCUGUUAACACCAAUGUCUUGUAGUUGGGAAUUGUCUAAUGUUUUACAUCUUGUAUGAAUUUUGAAAUAUUCCAAGGUAAUGUUUAUUAGGAUGAUAUUUAAAGUGAUAACUUGGUGAAACAGAAAAUAUUGCACAAAAACUGAAACUUGUUCUUUGGGUUAAACUACUGUUA